GAACUUCGGGAGUCGAAUGGGCCAUCGCGGCUACAUCUCUCUCUCUCCUAUUCGAUGGCUUCGAAGCUGGCUCAGAAGCGAGCUCCCUUGGAAGAAGAUCCUCCUUCCAACAACCGCCGCCGCCGCCGCGACAAAAACCCCAGAACCCAACUCGCCGUCGGACUCCAACUCAGGAUUCGACUCCGAAACUCCCUCGGCCCAACCCUCUCCCAGCGCCUCCGAUUUCACCAUCAAGCCCAUGGAAAACCCAAAAAAACCCACUUCUAAGCCCUCCGCCAAACGCCCCGUUACAGAGACUGAUAAUGGCAAGAAAAAGAAGGCCAAGGUUGAGGAGGAGGAGAAGAAGUCCGGUGGCUCAGUUAAUCGGUUGUGGAGCAAGGAUGAUGAGACUGUGAUACUUAAGGGGAUGGCUGACUUCCAGUUGAAGAAAGGGGCAGACCCUUUUUCACUCAUGGGUGAGUUUCAUUAGUUUAUUAGGAAAUCCUGUCGAAGUUUCGAGGAGUCAGUUGAUGGAUAAGGUUAGGAGGCUGAAGAAGAAGUACGAGAUCAAUGCUAGGAAGGGGAGAAGGGGGCGGACCCGGGUUUUUCGAAGCGACAUGGAGAAAAUUAUGCAAUUGGUCAAAAAAAAAU